GACACGAUUGGACUACUAAAAAAUAGAAAGAAAGCCAGAGAAGAAAAGAAAUGUUUUCAUUGUCCUUGUAAAUCGAUGCAAAAGUAACGAAGGAAUAGGUUGAAGAAAGAAAUCACUGCUGGUGAUCGUAAUUCAUAAUCAAGGGAACCUUGACCUUCGACAAUGGACGUGCCCCUUUUCCCAGCACCACCAACCCUCGGGGGUGUAGCGACGCCUGUUAGUGAUGUGAUAGACGUUGCGAAGUUGACACCUGUUUUACUGUCCGCUGUUGCAUGCGCUCGUAAACAACAUGUCGGAACGAAAAUGCACAGAGCAAUCGGGAUCAACAAGCUACGACAUCCCAGUCAUAGGAACUUAGUAUACCCCAAAUCGAAGGAACAUCGUGUUACCGAAUUUCACAUAACGAUGACGAAACAGCAAAGAAGUAACGAGAAUGAAGACGAUGACGAUGUAGUUUAUGCCAUUGAUACACCUACGACAUUUUCCGAAGAAAUUUCUCCACGAUGCAAAGCAUCCGAAAAUUUCAAGAAAUCAACAAAAUCGAUCGCCAUUCAGACGAUAGUUGGAUUACCAUUGCGACUCCGAGUUUUGCCAUCCGUUAAAGACACUAUUGAAGAAAAAGAUGUAACAACGAACGCGAAAGGAUUUUGUAAAGUAUGGAAGCACAUUAGGUUUCUAGGAAGAUUAUCACUCUCGUUAUUCGGACUGUUGUGGUUGCUUACCAUUUGGGCUAUCGUCGGUGCAGUGGCCUUCUGUGCCAUUGAAGGGCCACGAGAACGCGAGCAAGUUGUGAAAUUGAAGAAUAUGCAGAAAGAUCUAGCGGUUGGCUUAGCGACAGAAUUAAGACAAUUGCGUACAGAAAAAGAGGAAGACGUAGAGCCACUUUGGAGUAACAAAGUGCAUGUAUAUGUGGCCAAACAUGAAGAAUUAUUAUUGAUGGCAAUCAAUUCUGGAUAUGGUGAAAGUGGAAAUAGUGGACAACUGUGGACGUUUCCUGGUUGCAUCUUAUUCUCUCUUUCGCUUCUCACUACCCUUGGUUUUGGUGCACCAGUUCCACGAACAACAGCUGGUCGGACAGUAACCGUAAUUUUUGCUGCGAUCGGUAUACCAGCACAUUUUCUUCUCAUUAUGAAUUUUGGUCUUCUAUUGGCAGUACGAUUACAGAGAUAUGCUAUAUCAAGGAAGUUUACCGAUUACGAUCAAACGGAUCCAAACUGCUUGGCACCGGUACCCAAGUGGGUGAAAGUAAUACCCUUCGUUUGUGUAGCCAGUUACUAUUUGUUGGGAGUUCUGUGUUUCGGAGUAGCCAGAUCUAGACCAAUUGCGGCAAGUGUUUUGUUUCCAUUAGAUUUUACGGCUGCUGGUGGUCUUUCAACGAUAGUUGGCUAUGUGCGAAUAUUAUAUGGACUUUAUUUGGAAGGUGCAGUCACUAUUGCCGCUGUUGCUGUUGCAGUGUUGGGUGUAUCAACUACUCAAAGUUUGACAAAUAUUGGUCUUAAAUAUGGUUUAUUAAUCGAAGCUUAA